UGGGGCAGCAGCCACGGACAAAGCUGAAGGUGUCUCACAUAAAAGUCAAGAGAUAUCCAUUUCUAAAUUUGCGGUCAAUCCGUUUUGCGGGCACCUACCUUCGCUCAACCAGCUCUCAUCUCAAUUCCAGAUAAUCAACGAGCAAUUAAUUACCUAUCUAGGUAGGUCACUUCGCGAUUCAAACCGGACCAAUUUUUCUUUCCGUGCAAAAUCAUGAGUGAAGUCUUCGAAGGAUACGAGCGUCAGUACUGCGAGCUCUCUGCCAAUCUCUCUCGAAAAUGCAACUCUACUUCUCUUCUUCCCGAUGGAGUGGAAAAGAACGCGAAGGUCAAUGAGAUUAAAUCUGGACUGGAUGAUUGUGAUGUUCUGAUUAGGAAAAUGGACCUUGAAGCUAGGAGUUUGCAGCCGAGUGUGAAGGCUAUGUUUCUGGCCAAGUUGAGGGAAUAUAAGUCUGAUCUGAAUAAGUUGAAGAGGGAAUUUAAAAGGAUAACGUCCGGUGAUGUUAGUCAGGCUUCCCGUGAAGAGUUGUUGGAGGCUGGAAUGGCUGAUGCGCAUUCGGUUUCUACUGAUCAAAGGGAAAGAUUGACUAUGUCAGUAGAGAGAUUAAAUCAGUCCAGCGAUAGAAUUAAGGAGAGCAGAAGAGCCAUGCUAGAGACAGAAGAGCUUGGUGUCUCAGUUCUUGAAGAUUUGUAUCAACAGCGCCAGACGCUCCUGCAUGCUCAUAACAAGCUUCAUGGAGUAGAUGAUGCUAUUGACAAGAGUAAGAAAGUCCUAUCUUCCAUGUCAAGAAGAAUGACCAGAAACAAGUGGAUCGUUGGCUCAGUAAUUGCUGCUCUUGUUGUAGCAAUCAUUUUUAUCAUCUUAUUUAAGACUUCUUAUCAUUAAUAAACACUUGAAAUUAUUGGUCGUAAAUUUGUUACAGUUGGUGGUCUCCGGUGUCUGUUAAAUUCACUCCACUGUUAUUCGUGCACGUGUGUAUAAAGAAUUUGUCAGUCGAAUUCUAAGCAUCUGCCGGUUGUAAUUGUGCCAUCACUAGGUAUAUGAAAAUCCUGUGUUGUAUGUUUA